UUAAAUGUCAAGUCAAAAUAAUUAUUUGAGGUUAGGAAUGUUUUUAGUCAAUUAUUUCCUUAACUACGUCCUGAUUUUUUACAAAAAUGUUUGAAAGUUCGGACGACUAUGAUUUCGUACCAUCUGGGAGUUCCAAGUUGGCUUCAUUGUUUGAUGGUUCUAUGCUCUCAAACGAUUCGAGUGGUGAUUUAAAAUAUACAGCCCCAAAACAGCCAAAGGCAAGUAAAAGUGACUUAGAUGAAUCGUCAAAGAGUAAAAAGCAUACUUCGGUAAUCCUAGCAAAAGUUGUAUCUCUAUGGAAGUUAGAAAAUACAGAUUAUAAGUCGUUGGGGAAACAUGGUUUAGCAAUAAUAGGGUCAACAGAUUUAAACAUAUUUGAAGUUAUAAGUUACAAAGAGAAGAAUAAUAUUAUAGCGAGAAGAAACCUUAACAGCAGCUUUAAGUUCUACAACCAGAAAGACUGGUUUUCUUCGUUUUAUGACAAUGAUAACCAAAAUUGGUUGGUGAAAUUCAAUAGUAGCGAUGACCAAAACGAAUUCUGUAAAGAAAUAAAAAAUUGUGGGUCUGAAAUCAUCAUCAAUAUUGACACAUCUUCCGUUGAAACAAAAGUAAGCAAUGAGAGUGUAUCAAAACCUGAUACAUUCCUCAGAGAAAGCAUGGUGCUUCCGAAACCAGAAGUUUCACCAAGGCUGUCGCUGACUUCAGAUAAAGAUGCAGAAGAAACAAAUUCUGACAGUUCGAGUUCUCGGAAAAGAGCAAAUAUAUUAUCUAGAAUGGCGAAAAUGGGUCAACAGAUAUUACCACAGGAUAUUUUGAAGAACGCAAGUACCGACUUGUCCGAUUCUGAGUUAGACGACUCUAAAAGUGACCAUAAAGUUCUUCCUAGAAAAUUUAAAAGGGCCGUUCCGUUAGAAAAACAUGCUUCUAAAGAAGAGGUAUUGCUUCAAAACAAUUAUUUAGAUACGCAAGUAAUCCCUACACAAUGCAGUAAUGCAAGUCGUCCUCAAUCGAAUAUGGCGGGCUCAUAUCCGCAAAACGUAGUUACUGCUUAUCAACCGCAAAUGUUUACCCCAGUUUUGAUGAAUCAGCCUCUACCAUAUGACGGUUUUCAGCAGUUUCUGAUGACACAGAAUAUGGAAUUAAAGGUGAAUUUGGCGCAAAUUUCCUCUAAAUUAGAUAGCGUUUUGAAUAUAAGCAAUAAAGGUGACAUUAAAAUUGAUGACGGUAAUCUUAAGUCUAAAAUAAAAACUCUAGAAUUAAGAUCGGAAAAUCUUCUAACGGAAUUGGAAAGGUACGAGCAAAUGUACGACGACUUGCAGAAAAAAUGUAAGAAAUUAGAGAAGACUGCUGAAAGUCAGAGCGAUAAAAUUGUGAUAGAGAAUUUGAAUAAACAAAUCGAGGACUUGAAAGAAAAUUUAAAACGGGCCGAAGAAAAGAAUUCAAAUUAUGAAAAACUAGAGUCAGAAUUAGAAAAAUACAAAAGUGAUAUUGAACAGCAUAAAAAAACUGUCGAGAUACAAACGUUAAAACUGAAAGAUUUUGAGGAAUUUUAUGAAGAAAAUAAAGAUAACAAAAACCUUCAACAGACUGUCGACACCUUAAACGAUACGGUAACAAACCUGCAACUGAAACUGAAAGACUUUGAAGAACACUUCCUUCACACCGAAUCGGAGAAACAGAAGCGCAUUGAGGAAAGGGAACAAAACAUAAACACUUUCAGCGAUAACAUUAAAAACCAUAUGAACGGCAUGUACCAGUCUAUUUUAGCCAACUUUGAAGAAGACAAUUCCUAUCCUCUAUCUCAGAUAAAAUCGCAUGUCGUUCAGAACAUGAAAGGAACCACUUUUGCGAUUAUUAAGGAAUUCAAAGAUAUUUACAAAACCGAGGAUGCGAGCUUCUCCAGUCAGUAAUUUUGCAAUUAUUUAAUUAGAUAUGUGAUAUUUAUAUUCAAAUAUUUUUAAAUCAAAAUUAAUAUA